UUCUGAUAGAAAUACAAGUACUUCCUUGCACCCUCGAAACGACAUCGUGGCCGCAGAAAGAAACCAACUCCCUCUUAGCCUGGGUGUGUUGUGUGUGUGUGUGUGUGUGUGGGUGUCUUGAGUUUCAGUUGUGGUUAUGCAUAGUAAUUUAUGAUGGGUUCUCUUAGAUUUCAACUUUGUGAAAUGAGUUUGUACCCAAAACCAAAACCCCAAUUUUGCAAAUCUCCGCUGAAGAACAAGUGCUCAUUGAUGAUGGUAAAACAAUCUCCUCCUCCUCCGAUGAUGAUGAUCAGCUGUGGUUUGAGAGGUGGGCCCAGAAAAUCCAUAUGGAGGUCAAGGGUUUUGUCAACAGAAGCCAUACAAGCAGUUCAGUCUCUAAAGUUGGCCAAGAAAUCCUCCUCAGAUACUAAAUUGGAGGAGGUUUUGAGUAGCAGAGUAAGCAGGCUCUUGAAAGCUGACUUGUUGGAUACUUUGACAGAAUUGAGGCGGCAAAAUGAAUUGGACUUAGCCCUAAAGGUGUUUGAGUUUGUGAGGAAGGAAGUAUGGUAUGAUUCAAAUCUAUCUGUGUUCAGUGACAUGAUCUUGCUGCUGGGAAAGAAUAAAUUGAUUGAAAUGGCUGAACAGCUUUUCUCUGAAUUAAAGAAAGAAGGUUUAGUACCUGACACGAGGGCGUAUACUGAGCUCAUUGGAGCAUAUCUACAAGUGGGUAUGAUACAGAAGGCAAUGGAGACAUAUCAUUUAAUGAAGGAAUCGGGUUGUGUCCCUGACAAGUUAACCUUGACAAUUUUGAUAAGGAACCUUGAAAAGGCUGGAGAAGAAGAGCUUGCAGCAUCGGUAAAGAAAGAAGCUGAUGAAUAUGUGGAUUCUCCUAAGAAAUUCCUUGAAGAAAUUCAAACGAAAUAUUUGAUUACUCUCGCACACACCCCUCAAGGAAUUGUUUGCACACAAGAGGAGUCGAACCUUAGACCUGAUUCUUCAUGAGCCAAAGCGGAGGUCGCUUAAUCUUGUUUGAAAACUAUUGCCACAUAUAUGGCCAACUUCUAACCAUUUCUUUGUGGCACAUUCGAGCUUUUAAUGAUCAGCGAGGGACAUGCUUGUUGGAGCUGCAUCAAAUGCUGUCCUAAGCAAGGAAAUUUGUUGGGGGUAGAAGUUUCAGUUUGAGCAGUGUGUUGUGGAUAAAUUUGUAUUGACUAUUGAGGCAUUUCUCUGUCCAGUUUUGAACUUAUGUUAUGGGAAAAUGAUUGCAUAAAAUAUAGUGUUCGUGUCAUUUACUCCAAGUGUGUACUCUAAUCAGGCACCCGUCGCUUUAUGAAUUGUAAUUUCAGAACUGAGAAUUUCCGCAUGCUUCUUUACCCAGAAACUGUGAAGUCUCUAAACACAGACAUAGUCUGUCAAUGCUGUAUUUGUAUGUCAUAUAUUUGCUUUUCAUGAGGACGAGCAUUUGCCUUUUU